AUGGACGGAGUAGUUCAUGUCGUAACGGUCCUGGGUGAUCGUAUCUCCAACAAUGUCAAGGGCACCUUUGCCAGCAUGACCGCAGAGAAGUGGAUUCGCCUGAUCAUCAUUGUCGGAGCUUAUGCCCUGUUGCGCCCGUACAUCAUCAAGCUCGGCGGAAAGGCGCAGAUGCAGCAGCACGAAGACGAGUCCGCUGAAGCCAUCAGGGGCACCAUCUCCCCCAACGAGCUGCGCGGACAAAAGGCCAUGGUCCGUCUUCCCGGUGAGGACAGCGACUCGGAAGACGACGAGGCGCAAAACGGAGAGUCUUCGGCGGCCGACUGGGGCAAGAAGGCCCGCAGGAGACAGCGCAUGGUUAUCAAGAAGCUCAUUGAGGCCGAGGAGGACAGACUUCGGGAGACCCAGGAGGAGGAAGAGGAUAAGGAUAUUGAGGAGUUCCUACUCAAGGAAUAG